UGCCGCGGGGGAUUGUGGGGCAAGAUGGCGGCCGCCGUGCAGCCCGGGCUUGUCCGUACCCUGCCAAUGUCACGUUCGGCUGCUGCUGCCCUCGCCACCCGGGUGCUGCACGGGCCCCCUCAGCGCCAGCUUCAUCAUGCAGUGGUGCCUCAUGGAAAGGGCGGGCGAUCCUCCGUCAGUGGGGUCGUGGCCACUGUGUUUGGAGCGACGGGAUUCCUGGGCCGAUACGUCGUCAACCACCUGGGACGUAUGGGGUCCCAAGUGAUUAUACCCUACCGGUGUGAUACAUACGACCUCAUGCAUCUUCGUCCUAUGGGUGACCUGGGCCAGAUUAUCUUUUUGGAAUGGAACGGGAGAGACAAAGACUCUAUCCGGAGAGCUGUGGAGCAGAGCAAUGUGGUCAUCAACCUGGUGGGGCGAGAGUGGGAGACCAGAAACUUUGGUUUUGAGGACGUUUAUGUGAGAAUUCCCCAAACAAUUGCUCAAACGUGCAAGGAAGUUGGAGUUGAAAAACUGAUUCACGUUUCACAUCUCAACGCGGAUAUUAAAAGCUCUUCAAAAUAUCUGAGAAAUAAGGCCGUGGGAGAGAAGGAAGUGAAGAAAGCGUUUCCGGAAGUCACCAUCAUAAAGCCUUCGGACAUGUUUGGAAGAGAGGAUAGGUUUCUCAAUUAUUUUGCAAACAUCCGCUGGUUUGGUGGUGUGCCCCUGGUUUCCUUGGGCAUGAAGACAGUGAAACAGCCGGUCUACGUUGUAGAUGUUUCCAAAGGCAUUGUUAAUGCCAUUAAGGAGCCAGACGCCCGAGGGAAGACCUAUGCCUUCGUUGGGCCCAAUCGGUACCUUCUCUUCGACCUGGUGCAGUACAUCUUCGCGAUGGCGCACAGACCCUUCCUCCCCUACCCGUUGCCGCAUUUCGCCUAUCAACUGGUGGGGCAGCUCUUUGAAAUGAGCCCGUUUGAGCCCUGGACGACGCGGGAUAAAGUGGACCGGGUCCACAUCACAGACGUGGCAUUGCCACACUUGCCCGGCCUGGAGGAUCUGGGCAUCCAGCCGACACCCCUGGAGCUCAAGGCCAUCGAGGUGCUGCGGCGUCAUCGCACAUACCGCUGGCUGUCCUCUGAGAUCGAGGAAGUGAAGCCGGCCAAGACCGUCAACUACUAGUGGCCUCGGGGCUGCCCGCGGCCUGCAGCGCUGCCUGGGUUUCCUGGCCUGCGACCAGCCCCCACUCAUCAGCGUCACGCCUUUACGCAGGGGAUAACAGCCCGCCAUUAAAACAUGUGGGAAGAAAUUCUGCAGCGGGCUUUGUUUUCUUUUUCUUCUUUCUUAACGUAUAAACGAGAAAUCAACCACUUGGAA